UCGUCUCCCUCACACAUGAAAGUGUGUGUUCUCCUGGCUGUCAUAGCCUUUCCUUUGCUCUGUUUUUGAAGAGACUCCUGUAGAUGGAUGAGCAGAACACAGCAAUGAAACAGUCCAAGGAAGGAAGUCACAGGCAGCUCAGACCAGAGAUCUCGUGUCUGGCCCAUUGAAAGUUCAGCUUCGCAAAAAGAAGAACUCUUGUCUGACUUUUUCCUCUACGAUGCACUUAUUCUUAUAACUCCACCCCCCUCUUCGAAAGAAACUGCAUUUCCUACUUUUUGCUCUCUAUAUGUUUGAUGUGCACAGCUCAGCUGGCCAGAGGCACUGAGGCAUCCGCUCCCCCUACAAGAAACUCUCUGAGCAUCAAGCCAGAUGGAUUAUUCAAUGUCCACUGCCCUCUACGACAUCGAUUAUGGGAUGUCAGAGCCCUGCCAAAAAAUCGACGUGAAGCAGGUGGCAGCCCGGCUCCUGCCCCCACUGUAUUCGCUCGUGUUCAUUUUCGGCUUCGUGGGCAACCUGCUGGUCGUCCUCAUCCUGAUCACCUGCAAGAAGCUGAAGAGCAUGACUGACAUCUACCUGCUCAACCUGGCCAUCUCCGACCUGCUCUUCCUGCUCACCCUCCCGCUGUGGGCUCACUACGCCGCCGCCGAGUGGGACUUCGGAGGUGCCAUGUGCAAGGUGUUCACGGGGAUGUAUCACAUGGGCUAUUUCGGUGGAAUCUUCUUCAUCAUCCUCCUGACCAUCGACAGGUACCUGGCUAUCGUCCACGCCGUGUUUGCCUUAAAAGCCAGGACGGUCACCUUUGGGGUGGUGACAAGCGGGGUCACCUGGGUGGCGGCCAUCUUGGUGUCUCUCCCAGACAUCAUCUUUACCAGAUCUCAAAAAGAAGGUUUUCGGUGUUCGUGCAGCCCUCAUUUUCCGGCCAGUCAGUAUCAAUUUUGGAAGAAUUUCCACACCAUCAUGAGGAACAUCUUGAGCCUGGUCCUGCCGCUGCUGGUCAUGAUCGUGUGCUACUCGGGGAUCCUGAAAACCCUGCUGCGGUGUCGGAACGAGAAGAGGAGGCACAGGGCCGUGCGGCUCAUCUUCGCCAUCAUGGUGGUUUACUUCCUCUUCUGGGCGCCCUACAACGUCGUCCUCCUCCUGAACACCUUCCAGGAGUUCUUCGGCCUGAAUAACUGCAGCAGCUCCAACAGACUGGACCGAGCCAUGCAGGUGACGGAGACGCUGGGCAUGACACACUGCUGCAUCAACCCCGUGGUCUACGCCUUCGUCGGGGAGAAGUUCCGGAGCUACCUCUCCGCGUUUUUCCGGAAGCACGUCGCCAAACGCCUCUGCAAACACUGCCCGCUCCUCCCGCGGGAGACUCCGGAGCCGGCGAGCUCAGUGUACACCCGAUCCACCGGGGAGCAGGAGAUCUCUGUUGGCCUGUGACCUGGACUGCCAAGGCGUGGGAGUCCAUUGGUGUACACAGAUCGGGUGGGAGCAGGUGUUUUUCAAAAGGAAGGUAUUGUCAUAGAGGGCCCAAGACGGAGCCAUCUAUCCGGCAUUGUGUGAAGUCUUGUGAUGUCUUUUACACCCGUCCAUUCUCGAAAGCCAAAGCAAUGUAUGCUGAUGAAACAGCAACCUGUGUUCUCCCCUCCACACACACAGCUUAUUGGCAAACUCUCUUCACUGCAAAAGCUCAUUAGAAAACACACAUCGAAGAGCUGCUGAUCCUUGAGUUGGGUCAGCUGAACAGCAGAAAGAAACUUAAUCCAGACAUUGGCUGUGCAAGGCAGAGUGUAAAUGUGCUUAAAACAGGCCUUGAUCUUGCCACGGGGAGAAAAGACGUGAAUGCGAUUAGGUAAGAAAUGGUGUCAUCCACAUGUGACUUCCUCGGCUAGGAAGAUCCUCAGCCUGCAGGGCCUGGGGAGUGCCUGUGGCCGGCAGGGCGGGGAAGGUGUCCCCAGGGGGCAGGGUGUCAGGGCGGAUCCCGCGCCUCUGGAGGAGAGGGAAGCUGUGCUGUGGACGCUGUGUGGGCCAGGCUGGCUGGUGGGCUGACUUGCAGCUGGUUGGGGGGUCGGGGGUGGGGGUGGGGGUGGUGAGGACGGACCUGGCUGGAUGGUGGGGAAGCUCUAUAGCAUUGCUCCAUCAUAGCAUUGCUCCCAGCAGAGCAGGGAGCGGCCCAGCCCAAGUUACAGAAGGCUUAGUUCCUGGACAAAGCACAACCGGAAAGGUGAGCUCUGAGGCCCAGGAGACCAACAAGCGUCAGGUCAGAGUGAGGCCGGCCUCUGCUAGUACAGAGGCACCGGCUAUGGGAAGGGGGGAGCACCUGUGCACACGGGGCACCAAGUCCACAGAACGUGGGCUGGGCUUGGGCGGAAGGUGAAGAGGAGAGAAGUGAGGGAGGAGCCCUUGGAGAGAAAUUAUGCUUGUGGGGCCGGCACUGUGCCAUAGUGGAUAAAGCUACCACCUGCAGUGCUGGCAUCCCAUGUGGACGCCGGUUCGCUGAGUCCUGGCUGUUCCACUUCUGAUCCAGGUCACUGCUGUGGCCUGGGAAAGCAGUGGAAGAUGGCCCAAGUCCUUGGGCCCCUGCACCCACAUGGGAGACCCGGAAGAAGCUCCUGGCUCCUGGCUUUGGAUCGGUGCAACUCCGGCCAUUGCAACCAUCUGGGAAGUGAACCAGUGGAUGGAAGACCUCUCUCUUUCUCUCUGCCUCUGCCUUUGUGUAAUUCUGCCUUUCAAAUAAAUAAACAAAUCUUAAAAAAGAAAGAAAGAAAAGAAAAGAAAAAGAAAUCAAGCUCGCAAGGUUUAGUUCCCAGACGUGGGGCUGGAGUGAGUGGAUGAAUCUGGUUUCCUGAACUUGAACGCUGGCUGCCUCUCUCUGAGUGCUGCUGUCUUCCAGGUGGCCCUUGCCAGCCCAGCUGGAAUGAGGGGGCUCCAGGAGGCUUGGGAGCACCAGAUUUACCCAGGCCUGAGUCUGAGGUCUGGGAACAGACUUUAGGUCCCAGCUGCAAUGUAAGUGGGGGUUGAUUACAUGAUUAAAUAAAAACCAAGGCUUUGCAAGUGUUGAGCAAACUGGCCCCAGAGAGGCGAGAGAAGUCAGAAUGACUCAGAUCCGCCUGUGCCCGGGGCACACCGCAGUGGGUGUCAUUUUCUGGAUUGCACUAUCAGUAGGCAAAGGGGCAAGAGGCACAUUCGUUCGGAAACAAGCUGCCGGGGGCUUUAAAAGCCACAAAAGUGCAAUUUACCAGGCUCUGCCUUUCAGAGAGGUGGGACUUCAGACACCUUUCCCGAUGCCUUCUCCUAACAAACCCCAAACACUAAGGGACCAACCCGUUUCAAAGGGAGGGUUAGGAUGCCUUUAUGAUUAUAUGACGAUUAUUCAUUUGGUUUUGGUUUUGGUUAGGUUUGCUUUCCAGUUGCUUAUCUGAUUUUGUCCACAUCAGAAAUGGUUUUGAACUUGGGGGUGGCAAAAGCCCUGUGAGUACAAAGCAGGCGAGGAGACACGAAGGGGUGCGAACCUCUCAGGGGAUUAAGGUGUCAGAAGAGUAAGAGGUGCUACUGUGAAACCUGUGCAUGGUAGCUGUCAACAGGAAGCAAUGGAUGGAAGUGAUCCAGGCCUCUGGGUCAAGUUAAAAAACUUUUGUACAUCUUCAUGUGGGUGGGGGUUCUUAUGGAUAUAAAAAUCACAAACUGCCUGGAAGAAAAAAAAUGCAUCUAUUAAAACUGCCUCCUAAAGCGAACUGAUUAUCUCUCCAUUAAGUGUGCAUUUGGACAACAGCACAUAAAACUGUCAAAGCAUUUUAUAAGCAGCUGUUUGGGGAAAGAGAGAGAACUAUGUUGCCUUUUGAGUAUGUUUUAAAGUUGAUACUUUUCCUAAAACAAUUAGCCAAGGAGAUUUAAAGAUGCUACCUCUGAGAACAGAGUUUUUGAAUAAAUGAACAGAAAAGUCGUCAAUUGCGAAUUUCAUUCCAUUCCAGUGAAAGAGGUGACAUGCCCUGCAGACGCGUCUCGGUGUUAAGACAGCUGCCUGAGUCGGCACUUGAAGCAGACCUGCCACAUCAGGGCCCGUGGUUCACCCGCAGUCCCGAGUGAUUGACACGUGGUGCAGGAGGUGCAGCUGGUUGCUAACUAGGCUGCUUUUCUUGCAUACAGAAAUCCCUCCCAGAAACGUGGCUCUCCUUGCCGUGAUGGCAACAAAGGCAUUUAGGUUUCUGUGCUUGCAUCUCCUACGUGUCCCGAGAAGGAACAGUCAUUCCCUGCACCGGUGACCUGCCUGGGUCACGGUCACCAUAUGCAACAUGCUGGUUUUAAGACUUAGUCCUUGGGCUCUUGCUCCCGCGUGGGAGACCCGGAAGAAGCUCCUGGCUUCGGAACGGCACAGCUCCUGCCAUUGUGGCCAGUUGGGGAGUGAACCAAUGGAUGAAAGACCUCUCUCUGUAUAACUCUGCCUUUCAAAUAAAUGAAAAAGAUUUACUCAUUUAUUUGAAAGGCAGAGUUACACACAGAGAGAAAGAGAUCAUUCAUCCACUGGUUCACUCCCCAAAUGGCUACAAAAGCCAGGGCUGGGCCAGGCGGAAGCCAGGAGCCUGGAGUCUCCCACAUGGAUGGCAGGAGCCCGAGUAUUUGGGUCAUCUUCCACUGUAUUCCUAGGCACAUUAGCAGGGAGCUGGAUCAGAGGUGAAGCAGCUGGGACUCAAACCGGUGCCCAUGUGAUACCUGAUCUGCAGGAGACGACUUAACUCACUGUGCUGCAGCGCCGGCCCCCAACCUGCUGGGAUUUGGUCUGCUGCAAGCUCACCUUCAGAGCAGGUCCCGGGCGGCAGGUGCUAGAGGCAGCCACAGCCCCACUGGGACACACAUGACAUGAGCAGAGGACAGGGCAGCUGGAUCUAGCGAGCGGGAUGAAGUGACACCUGGACAGUUAGAGCACCCGAGACUCCACCUAGAGAAAGCACCCCUCACCGUGAGACUCUGAUCCGAAACUAGGGUCUAAAACUCAGACAAUAACCUAACCCUGCAUCCCACUUGGCAGAACAGAGAAACUCCCUAGCAGGAUCACUCUGUGGGGAGCAAUCCGGACUGGACUAAGUUACUGGAAUUAAGACUUAUUCUAUGCAUCUGCUCUCCUGUGGGGAGCAGCCCGGACUGGACUAAGUUACUGGAAUUAAGACUUAUUCUAUGCAUCUGCUCUCCUGUGGGGAGCAGCCCGGACUGGACUAAGUUACUGGAAUUAAGACUUAUUCUAUGCAUCUGCUCUCCCACAAUAUGGCGCUGGGAGAGAAGUAAACAGCUUCCGCACAGCUGCCUCCAGUUCAACCAAUAAACUGUAGGACUUGCUCCUGAUUGGAGAGCGGCGUACUCGGCGUGUGGGCAGCCGAGUUGGGAUUGGCGGAGGAGGACUAUAAAGGAGGAGAGAGACGGCAUGCACCAGGAACAUCUAUGGGGAACAUCUAAGGGAACCCGUGCAGCCCCCGAGAAAGCCGGCCGGCGGUGUGCCGCUCCCCUGCGGAAGUGGGGAAUGUGGCCAGGGGGAACUGCCCUUCCACGGAGGUGGAAGGGAUAGUAGCCAACCCGGGAAGAACCAGCAGCAAACCCGGGGAGGGCCGAGCAGACGAAAGAACAGCGCAGGGUCCUGUGUCGUUCCUCCACGAAGAGGGGGAGCGACACACUCAAGCUUAAAACAGGUACGCUGCACCUGGAUUAAGAUCGUAAUUUGUCUAUUGUCAAGAUUGUAAUUAGUUUCACAAAGGCCUUAGUAACCACGCAUUCCCCUCCCCUGGCUUGUAGGUUUUGCCUUUAUAAACCCUGUUGCUUUGAGCUUCGGGGUCGAGAGCUCUUUAGGAUAGGAGCCCGCUCUCUACCGCGGGCAAUAAAGGACGAUCAAAUGUUA